AUGAAGGACCUCUUGUCCUUUUUCGGAUCGCCUCGGGGGCUGAUGCUUGCGCUCGGGCCGGGGUUCGGCCAAACCUCGAGCAACGACAGCGCGGGGGAAGUCGUCGUUGAAGCCGGGGAGGCCACCAAGACCAUGAGGAAGCCGGGCAUGAUGAGGAAGUUGAUCGUCUGCAUCACUGGGGGUUUGCUGCUGGGCUUCUCCAACAUUGGCAUCGGGAAAGCUACGAGCGCCCCCUGCCUGUUGUCGCCCUAUGCCAACCAGUUCCACUUCUCCAUCGGCGUCCUCAUCACAUCUCUCGUGAUGCUGCCGAUCGUCACGGCCUGCCCCAUCGACCGCUCCGAGCCCGCCAACCUCUGCAGCGUGCUGAGGCAGUGGGGCAGCGUGCGCAGGAAGAACCACCUGCUGGCCGUCCUGGGGGGCUUCAUUCUUUGCAUGGGAUUCUUCUUCUUCAACUUGGGCAGCAAGGCCAUGAAUCUCACCAUCUCCUACUGCAUCGGCCAGUCCGCUCCACUGGUGGGCAUUCUUUGGGGCACCUUCUUUUUCAAGGAGUUCGCCGGUACCCCGGCGGGGGUCUGGGGCCUGGUGCCGGUGGUCUGCGGGCUCUUCGCCACCGCCAUCGCGCUCAUCGCGGCUGCUGGCUAA